AUGCAAUCCAAAGAGAGCACCAAGCAAAUGUCCAAGAGCCCAAGGUUUUAUAAUGAACAGAUUUUGGUUGUCUAAGAACAAGUGUGAACAUCCAUGAAUCCUCCCUGCUCUAAUUAUAGAAUCCAUUCACAAUAUUGACCGUAGCUAGAGAAGACUGUUUUAUCUGCAUGAUAACGAAACAUUCCCUGUUUUGUUUUUCAGAUGCUGCCAUAGAAAGCUCCAUUGCAGUCAAAGCUAUGGUGACCUUCACACCUGACUGGGCGAAUAUCCUCAUCAAUGAAUCAGUCAAUAUAACAUGCAAUGUAGGACCUUCAACACACGAGAAACAGAGAUAUUACUGGUACAAAAACACCAAACCAGUAAAGGAACAUCGGCCUAGUUUCACAAUCCAGUCCGCUGAUAAGAGCGACAUUGGAGAGUAUCAAUGUCACACCAAUACGAGCCAGAAGAGUGAUCCGGCCAAGCUUGGUGUUAUUAUUAACUUCCCGCUCAUCCUCCAGAGACCUCUGGUCAUAUACGAGGGUGACCCUUUAUUGGUUCGUUGUCACAGCCAUCACGGGAUUUAUGCCACCAACACAACUUUUUACAGGAACGGAAACUUAUUACAGUUCUCAGUCACCAACGACAACCUACAAUUUACAAACGUGAAUCAUAACAUGGCCGGGACGUAUCGUUGUACCAAACAAAUAUAUUACAACAAGAAAUUCCAAUUGUACUGUGCCGAAACCUACAUUUCUGUUGAAGAAAAUGUUUUCCUGGAUAAGAGACAAGCAGUCCACAGUUUCCCUUGGAUUCCCGUUUCAAUUGUUCUUCUCGUAAUAUUCAUCCUCAGUCUCCUGCUCUUCAUCUUUAGACACCGGGUAUCUCUAUUGAUCAGAGGGGGCCCUCAGAACUAUUCAGUCACAGAAUCUGUAGAACAAAACAAAGUGGAAGAAGAUGUUUCCUACUCAUGUAUUAACACUCAUAAUUUACAGUUGGUUUUCACUGGACUGUAA